AUGGAGUCUGUUCUGUUCAAAAUCUUGAAGAAGAAAGCGGCCGCGCUCGAAGCGGCAGCGGACAAGGAAAUGGAGCAAUUGGGCAUUGCUCCGGUCGGCUCUCAUGAGGAUGAGAGUGAAGCGCAAGCAGGGGAGUCGGCCGCUCAGGCUUCGCCUAUGGAUGCGGCUGGUGGUGCAACUCUUAGCAAAGAACCGUCCGUUCGGGAGGAAGACUCCGAACCAGAGGACGAGCUUCUGCUUGACAAGAAAAGACGGCGAGUUGAGAAGCCCCUCCGUUCGACAACCUCCGCAGUGCUAGCGUCCGAGCGGAUGGGCACCGCGUCUCCACGCGGCCAAGCACCAUCAGUCGAGGCGCUAUCCUCCAACUGGACUCCCUCUCAGCUGGAUGCGGUAGUGGCCCCCAUCGAAGCAGUGUCGGUUACCUCCCUUCCUCCUACACCACGCCGAGUCCUCCGCUCGGGCAUUUUGUCUACCAUGUCCAGCCCCGCCUCUGAUCCUUUGGUGUCCGCUCAGACGACCCCGGGCCGGCGUCGUACUGUUAGGGCCGCUCUGCAUCUCCCUACGGAGGCAUUCAUGGCCGAGUCCGAUCGGCCGACGGCCCCCGAGCAUAUGAUCACGAUGAAGGGGCCCCUCGCUGAGAUGUGGGCAGACGCUCGGGCCCGUGUGGCCAUGAUACCGCUCGACAAGUUGGCUGACAGCCACAUGCAACAGGCCACAGGGCGAUGGGUGCAAGAGGUUGCUGUCUCCAAUCGCUUGGCAAUGGUGGAGGACGAGCUAAAGAGGCUAAAGAGUCAGGGCGGCCCGUCUUCUUCUCGAGGCCCUUCUUAUGCUGAGCUACAGAAGGAGCUCGACAAAACCAAGAAUCUGUUAGAGGCCGAGAGGAAGAAGACGGCUGACCAGGCUUACAUGUUGGACCAGCUAGACAAAAAGGUCAAAUCCUAUGACCGCAAGAUUGAGCUGGCCACCACUCGGAAGAACAUCGCCAUCGCUGAUAUGGAAAAAAAGAAUGUAGAAGCACGAGCUCUCGAGCAACGUGUGAAUGAGCUUGCCGAGCUACUAGAAAGCGUGCACAAAGGCCGCUCGGAGGAGGUGACCAAGCUCAAGGACGAUUUGAAGGCCUUGCAGGAGGCUCUUGAUGCUUCUCGUGCCGCCUUCAAAGAGUACCAAGAGGCGGAGCCGGGCCGCGUCGCCGCCUUGAGGCAAUACUACAUCCGCUCGGCGGAAUUUGUGGAGAAGCCAUAG